CUAAUACGGUGACGUUCGUGUAACGGGUCCGACCCAAUAUACCGGCCCAAAAUAUCCCUAAAGCCCAAGAGCAGGGAAAAGCCCAAGGAGAAUCAGCGGGUCCCCGAACGAGAAUUUGGUGACUAAGGAAGACACCCGCUCGGCACAUCCCGAAUGGGGUGUAAUCAACACUUGGACAACCAGUUUUCUUCCGGAUUAAUGGCUAAGCACAUCUCAGUACCGAUCAGAGUCACGUGCAAGUGACAGACUUCAUUUAAUGCUGGAUUGUGGAGAUCCCAAGUGGGAGCAUGGGUGCGCAAGUGCCCAUUUUCCAAAAAACAACAUGUUCUUCCUUCUACAAUCGCCGACUUGAGGAUUACGAUGUUGAAAAAAUGCCCUCCUGGAUGACCUUUCUAGUCCAUGAAAUUAGGGCAUUUUGUAGCUCCUCUAUACACCAUUGAAGAGUGUCAAGAAUUCAGUGGCACACCAAGUGUACAACCACUCGGCAUAUAUGCAGGUUGCGGACUUCUGGGCGAUAGUUGAAGCUAUUGUGCUUUAUUGGAAUGCUAGGUGAAGUUAUGAUGUCCCUUGAACUUAUCAUUUCCAUGAAGCAUAAUUUCUAAUGUUAGAAGAUAUUGUAUCAAUGGAACAAUUUGAAAAUUUUAUCAAACUGACAUAGCUGCUACUCAUCAUACAAAAUGUACUUGUAUCUGCUUGGGGAUAUCAUGGAAAUUAUUUAAUGGAAGAUUUGGAAGAUGUAUAUGUACUCCUCUAGAUUUAAUGAUCAUCAUCAUAAUGUUGCUUGCUCCAGCAGUUAGUUUUAUUAAGAUAGAUUGCUUUUAUUUUUAUCACCUAUUCAUUUAGUGAUUGAUCCAUAUAGAAUGUUUCGAUGAAAGGAUAUCCAGUAAAUGUGUUUAGGAUGCUUUUAAUGUGUUGUGUAAUACUCCGUAGUAUUUAUAAAGCAGCAACUUGCGCUCAUAUAGAUUUAUAUGGUCUUACUGAAGGACUGUUUUAUUAAGCUAAGGAGAUGUGUGAAUAUGCAGUGUUUGAACAAUUUGUUUCAUUAUCUGAAAUGGAUUGUAAAUACCAUUCUAUUGGGUGAUAGCAUGUUUUUCAAUUUUUUUUACCAUCUAAACCUCGUAACUCGUAAUCUUGUAGACAAGAUGAAAUUUCACUCUCUAUCCUUAUGCCUUAUUGAUUUAUCUUUCUCCCUCUAUUUUCUCACUUUAAUUUCUCAUAUUGUCACUUUUUAUAAUGUUAUACGAUUCAUUCUUAUUGGUGCAUGUAUUAAAAUAUUAAAAGAACUUUGAAGUUUUAGUGGCUUUAGUCCCACACAACUUAAAGAAUAAAAUAGACCACUUAAUCUAUCUCUAAUUUGCAUACUAAAGACACCUGAACCCGCUAAUUUGCAUACUAGCGGCAGUGUGAAGCGGUUCACCGUUAAUGCUGUUAUGGGCAUAAAUCAGGAUUUGAAGGCAUUGGAAGCUUUUGCUUAUGAGAAGUUCCAUAGCACUGAGUUGAGCGAAAUUUAUAGUGAAGGGAGUUUCAGAGGAUGCUUGAUAGCGGCUAGGCAAUUGUUAAACCUUUUGUAGAGCAGUUAACCUGAGAACUUCAUGAAUGUUGUGAUAAGGCAGAAGAACUAUAAUGCUUUGGACUAUAAAAGGGUUGCAACCCUUUGUGACAAGUACCAGGACUAUGCUGAUGGAAUAUUUGGAAGUCUUGCAAGACGAAAUGCUAAGCAAAGCGCCCUGAAAAAAUCCAUGGACAUGCUAAAGAAAAGACUCCGGGAUUUUAACUAAGAAAUCAGAAUAUAUGGAUUAGAAAGUAGUACCAAAAUUUUCUUUUUAUUUUGGUUAAAGAUAAUUAAAAUUCUUUUAUUUUCUGCUUAAUAUUUAAAUUCUAUUCAAUUUAUUGACCAGAUUUUUCAUGUAAAAAAAAGACACCUGAACUCAAAGAACUUAACUUCUUGUGUGCUACUUCUCCACAUGUGUAUCCAUAAUUAUAAUAUUUUACUUACAUUUUGUUUCACUUCUCUACACCAGUGAUGGGCCGAUGAGAUAGCGUCGAUAAUGAGGACUUCUGCUGGUUGGACACAGCGGUGCAAAACAGAUGUCUAUAUUCAAAGAUUUGCAAGUACAAGGACACAAAACUCAUGGUUUGAAGUUUGAACGACUUUGAAGUGUUUUGAAGAUACUUGUAUUAUCAUAUCACUUAGUUAAGACAUUUACCUCAGCUAAUAAAGUAACAAAUACUUUUAUAGUGCACAUUGUUUUUUCCUUCAUACUUUUAGAUGCUUGUUAGUCGGAAAAUAUGAGCAGUGAUGAAAUGUAAAUGCAUGCCCUUCUCAUCUAAUCGUAAGCAAUCUUAUAGAACAAUAUCUUUUUUAUUCCACUUUUGAAAAACA